CCACACGCUACUGCCUAAACAUGAGGACCCCUCCCCGUCAAGUUCCCAUCUUCCCCACCUGCCCCGACCACUCCUUCUCUCUCCUCCGCAUUCCCCAUUUCCCAAGCUGAUGCACACCUCCACCUCUCGCGCUUUAAUUUCUCCUGUGCAGAUGGAACUCGGUCCGCGCACUAAAUACACUGAUUAGCUGGACUCACUAAAUCGCUUGGUUUCUCGCGCACGGCAAGCGUAGGAGGGAGCGCGGCACACAGCGACGUACUGCGCGCAGCGGCCCAUGUCGCUUCGCCGUCUGUGCUUCGUGCUGCCGAUGGACGUCGACGAGGCCAUCCUGGCUGCGGAGGAGCCACGACACCGGGUGACAGCCCAAGAGACGGUUCGGUCGUACGUCCGCGGCAAGAUUGGCCGCGUGCUGUCGUGCAUGCGGUGCGGGUCCUGCGGCGGCGCGGACCAGUGCCACAACUCGUCGGGGAUGACGUUCGAGGACAUCGCCGGGGUAGAUGACGUCGGAGGGAGGAAGCUCGCGGGAGCCGGAGGGAGCCCGAGGAUAUUCAGCUACUCGGAGCUGUAUAUCGGAACAAAGGGCUUCAGCGACGAGGAGGUCCUUGGGAGCGGAGGGUUCGGGAGGGUGUACCGCGCCGUGCUGCCAAGCGAUGGCACGACGGUGGCGGUCAAGUGUGUGGCCAGCCGCGGCGACCGGUUCGAGAAGUCCUUCCUUGCGGAGCUCGCGGCGGUGGCGAGGCUGCGGCACCGCAACCUUGUCCGGCUCCGCGGAUGGUGCGUGCAGGGCGGGGAGGAGCUGCUGCUGGUCUACGACUACAUGCCCAACCGCAGCCUCGACCGCUUACUCUUCGCACCAGCCUCCGCCAAGGCUCCUGUGCUGAGCUGGGACCGACGGCGGCGCAUCGUCGCUGGGCUCGCUGUUGCGCUCUUCUACCUGCACGAGCAGCUAGACACGCAGAUCAUCCACCGGGACGUCAAGACCAGCAACGUCAUGCUCGACUCGGAGUACAACGCUCGGCUCGGGGACUUCGGCCUCGCCCGGUGGCUCGAGCACGACGAGUGUGCCGACGACGCGGCUCGGCCACACCUAGAGGUCUCGCCGUCACCACCGUCUGUGCGAUUAACGUCCUCUGCCUCGGCGAACUACCAGUUCCGGCUGAUGGACACAAGCCGGAUCGGCGGAACCAUCGGGUACCUGCCGCCGGAGAGCUUCCAGCGCCGGGCCACCGGCACCGCAAAAUCCGACGUCUUCAGCUUUGGAAUUGUGCUGCUGGAGGUGGCCACAGGGCGGCGUGCGGUCGACUUGACGUACCCUGACGACCAGAUCUUUAUGCUGGACUGGGUGCGGCGGCUGUCUGACGAGGGGAAGCUUCUCAACGCUGCAGACGGUAAACUGCCGGACGGCACCUACGCGCUGUUCGACAUUUGCAGGCUCAUACAUCUUGGCCUCCUCUGUUCGCUGCAUGACCCAAAGGCUCGUCCAACCAUGAGGUGGGUGGCAGAGAACCUGUCCGACAGCUGCUCCGGCGAUCUCCCACCUCUCCCGUCAUUUUUAGCUCUCCCAAAGUACAUCUCUCUCACUUCAUCCUCUGACUCCGGAACGACAACCAUCACCACGGACAGCACGGUCACAAUUGUAUCCAAGCCCGUGUACGCCACCGCGCCUGGAGAUACCAUAUACCUCACCGCAGAAGACGGAAGAUCCAGCUCCCGGUCCGCUGACUCAGGUGACAACAGCGGCAACAGCCGGCAGUCGUCGCGGCCGGUAGCGAUUCCGAAUGUUGACAUGCCGCGUGAGAUAUCCUACAAGGAGAUCGUCGCGAUCACGAACGACUUCUCCGAGUCGCAGGUGGUUGCGGAGCUGGACUUCGGGACAGGGUACGAGGGCUUCUUGGACAGCGGCCAUGGCCGCAUCCAUGUGCUCGUGAAGCGCCUCGGCAUGAAGACAUGCCCGGCGCUGCGCGUCCGGUUCGCCAGAGAGCUCUGCAACCUCGCGAAGCUCCGGCACCGGAACCUUGUGCAGCUGCGCGGGUGGUGCACGGAGCACGGCGAGAUGCUUGUCGUCUACGACUACUCCCCGGGGAACCUCCUGAGUCAUCACCUAAUCCGGCUCGACGACGCGGUCCUCCUGUGGCGCCAGCGUUACAACAUAGUCAAGGCGCUCGCGUCCGCCAUCCUGUACCUGCACGAGGAGUGGGAUGAGCAGGUCAUCCACCGAAACAUCACUUCCUCAGCGGUGUUCCUGGACCCUGACCUGAACCCACGGCUCGGAAGCUUCGCGCUCGCCGAGUUCCUUUCAAGAAACGAGCACCACGGCGGCCACCAUGUGGUAGUCUCUACCAACUCGGCGCGGGGCAUAUUCGGUUACAUGUCGCCGGAGUACAUGGAGACCGGUGAGGCGACCACGAUGGCUGACGUCUACAGCUUUGGCGUGGUAAUGCUGGAGGUGGUAACUGGCACGAUGGCCGUAGACGCGAGGUUGCCAGAGGUUCUUCUUGUCAGAAAGGUGCAGCUCUAUCAAAAGCUGAACCGACCACUGGAGGCCCUAGCGGACAGGCGGCUGGACGGCAAGUUUGAUAAUAGAGAGCUCAUGCGGAUGGCGAGGCUUGGCAUUGCGUGCACCCAAUCAGACCCGGCAGCACGGCCGAGUAUGAGGAAGAUAGUGAGCAUUCUGGAUGGCAACGACGAAGCCCUGGAAAAGUUUGAGCAAAGGAAGCAGAGCAUGGAGGACUGGCAGAGCAGGAAUGCGGCUAGUCUUUCUUUAGUAAGGAGAUUCCAGGCUCUUGGCAUACACUGAAAGUUAGAAACAGAGCAGAUUGCUAUUUGUUCAUGUUUUGUAGUCUGAACAUUUUUCUUCUACUAAUUUUAUGUGGACAUAGGCAAAACUUUGAUAUAAAUGCUGUUUCAAUUUGGA